AGUCAUGCUAACAGAAAGAUGUGUAAAAUCUAAAUUAUGAUAAAUGUGUAGAGAAAAUGUAACGACGUACAUUUUUAACUAUCAAAGGACGCAAUUUUUUAAUCAAAAUAUUUACGAAGAGACUCGUUUUCCCCAAUUUUCUUUCCCGCGGGAUGUUACCAAACGUUAGUUCUUGUGUAAUAGCGGCAGGUUUGCGUUACUUUCUCUUGUCCAAAUCAUGUCACAAAAGGACGACUCUGAAAAUGACAUUUGGGAGUACAAACCACUUCAGAAGAAAAGAAAAAGAAACGACUCGCCGUCUGGGACCAGCAGAAGAAGCACCUCCAAGAAAACCAAGAAACAAACUUCUGUUUCAGUCAAGUCUAAUGCAAACAACAAAGCAGCAGAAAGUAGGAAUCGGACCACAACCGGUAACGUAGACACCAGAAUCAGCUCAAAGUCGCACAAUGUUCCCUUAAAUGCAUCCCAAACGAAAGACUCCACACAAAGUGACAGCAAUGCUGCUAGUGAGGAACCAUCUGAGGACUUCUGUCCAGUCUGCCAGAUGCCCUUCAGCAUUUUGGUCGUGCAGACCCAAAGAUGGCAUAUUGCUGAAUGUCUGGACAACAUCAAGGACACGUGCAAAGAAUGUCCAGAUGGUCUCCAGUGCUCCUCCACCAUUCCAAGCCAUUACAAAAACUUCAACCACACGCUCCUCGCCCACAGUCGUGCAAACAGCGACACGGCCAUCCUCACUCGGUCCCAGGACGCCGCCGUCAGUCCCAGCCAGGUGACCGUCUGCACGUUUGGAGAGUCACAGGCUUCCUCUCCUCCCUCAUCCAGUCACAGUCUCACUGGAACUCCUCCUUCCAAACCAACAAACGGUCUUCUGCUGCUGCGCUCUCCUGGACCUGAAGACUUUAAGAAGAAGAAAGGCUGGUCUACUAAACACCAGAAAUCUAUCGUUUCUUCACAGGAGCUUUCAUCUACUCCUGUUAAAGAAAACACUCCAACUGAAGCGUGUGAUCCUCUACCUGAGGAGGAAUCUAACUCCAAAGAUGAUGAAGAGAUCUCCUUCUCUCCUCUGUCGGAACUCCCUGAAACUCUUUUUAACAGCGAUGCAUGUAAAAAUGAAAACUCCAUGACGCUUUUCAAUGACAGCUUUUCUGAGGAUGAACUCCUGGUGGAUUUUAUUGAUGGAAAUGUGGACGCCACCGGCGUGCCGGGGAGGGAUCCGGCCUCCUCAGACGCUCACCUGCUUUCAUUUUCCUCAUUAGCUCGUAAUCAAGAAGCUGCUUCCUCAUUCGCUGCAAACAGAGACAAGAGUGAUGGAAAUGAAUGCAAUUUGAUGAAGUCACCUCAGAGUCUUGUUUUGGAGAAUCUGAGAGAAACUCUUCAAUCCUCACAGUUUGAAGUUCAACCAGAGCAAAGCAUGCCGCCUCAGAAGGGGUCCAAAACGGCGGGACAGACCUCUGCUUUGAAGCAGAUGGACAUCGGCUUGUUUUUUGGCCUCAAACCGCUGAAGGAGAAGAAGAAAGAGGAGGUUCUCGACAGCUCCUCCGUUCCGCCUGCUGGGGAGGACGCGGGAGGGAGGAGACAAAGGAGAAGCGGGCAAAGCAGAAGGGUUACCAAAACUCCUGGUGAUAAAGACCCUGAUUUGAGCUCAGCAAGUGGGCAACAAGAAACGGCGAGAGGUGGGAGCCGAGGGUGGAGAAGAAAGGGGUGGAGCAGAGUCAACGCUGAUGGAGAAGUACAGCUACCUCGCUGUCCAUUCUAUAAAAAGAUUCCAGGCACCAAGUUCGCCAUCGACGCAUUUCAGUACGGGAAGAUUGAGGGAAUUUCUGCAUAUUUCCUCACACAUUUCCACUCGGACCAUUAUGGAGGACUGACCAAAAGCUCCACAGUUCCUAUUUACUGCAACAAAAUCACAGGAAACCUGGUGAAGAGCAAACUGAGGGUGGCUGAGGAUUACGUCCACAUCCUCCCCAUGAACACCGAGGUCGUCGUAGAAGGAGUCAGGCUCCGCCUCCUGGACGCCAACCACUGUCCAGGGGCGGCCAUGCUGCUGUUCCUCCUGCCCGAUGGACAGACGGUCCUCCACACCGGGGACUUCCGAGCCGACCCCUCCAUGGAGACGUACCCUGAACUGCUCGGCUGCCGGGUGCAGACGCUCUACUUGGACACCACCUACUGCAGUCCUGAGUACACGUUUCCCAGACAGCAGGAGGUCAUCAACUUUGCAGCCAACAGAGCCUUUGAGUCGGUGACCCUGAAUCCCCGAACACUGGUGGUGUGUGGAUCCUACUCUGUGGGGAAAGAGAAGGUCUUUCUGGCUCUAGCUGAAGUCUUGGGGUCCAAAGUGUGUCUCUCCAAAGAUAAGUACAACACUAUGUGCUGCCUGGAAUCAGAGCAAAUCAAGAAACAAAUAACUACCGACUGGAAGGGAGCACAGGUCCAUGUGCUUCCCAUGAUGCACCUCAACUUUAAAAAACUCCAGGAUCACUUGGCGCGUUUUUCGAGUCAGUAUGACCAGCUGGUGGCCUUCAAACCCACAGGCUGGACCUUCAGCCAGCAGGUGGAAUCAGUGGAGGACAUUCAGCCUCAGAUCAGUGGAAAAAUCUCCAUUUAUGGAGUCCCCUACAGCGAACACAGCAGCUUCCUGGAGCUGAAGCGGUUCGUUCAGUGGCUCAGACCCCUGAAGAUCAUUCCCACCGUGAACGUUGGCAGCUGGGCCAGCAGGAAAGCCAUGGAGGAAUGUUUCAGAGAGUGGCUGACGGAAACCAAACGGUAGAAUCACGAGAGACGAGCAAAUCUCAAAACUUGAAGAGGCUUGAGGUCUUUUAGACAAAUGUUUUGAUACCAAUUAUAUUAAUAUGUGUUAAAUAAAUGUUUUUUUUAAUUAAAUUAAUCUUUUACUGUUUGUUAAACUGAACAUCGGAACCAAACAAAGCAGAUGUGUUUCCUACUUUACUCUCACAUCCUCAACUGAUGCUCAAAAGCUGUUUUUUA